CACAGCUGAAUUAAUAGGAAGUUUGCUUGCAAAAAUUUAUAAUUUGUUUUUAUAUUUCACAAUAGCUGUUGGCUAGUGCUAGUAGAGCGAGCAUUCGUAGCAUUUAAGAAGAUUUUUGCUUUUUUUGACAAUGGAGUACAAUGACGAAUGUAAUGUAGGACUGCAUAUGUUGUUAGGUGAAUAUAAGCUGAGGUUAUGUUUGAAUUAAGAUAAAUAUUUUUGUAUUUUAGAGGCAGCAGAACUCAUCAUGAAUGAGAACAGAAAUGCUGAAAUAGGGGUUAUUUGUGAAACUCCGACUGUAGUGAACUAUGAGGAAGUGCCCACUGGCUUCUCAAUGUCAGAAAGUUGUUCCUGGAACACAAGUUGUCGAGCAUACCUUUCUUUCACCAAUAUAGUCGCUUCAACACCAAUAAGGGAAUCAAGGAAUCCGGCAACAUUAUCAGCGCUAGAUUUGUCUUCGUAUGGAAGAAUCGCCACCAAGUGGCAAUCUAUCGUACAGGAGCAAUGAGCCCUGUAUGAUUGAUAUCCCUUUGAAUUUAGCUCCCGUUAAUCGCAGCGAGAAAACUGAACCUGUCAGAGGUAAUGCCUGUGUUCCGUUAAAUCUAGCUACAACGAGUAGAAGCGCAUCUGCACAGUCUGUGUUCCAUCCACCUAUAAGCGACGUUUAUCUUCGUAGUCCUCUUUCUCCGCUAGACAUGAAAAACAAUGAACUUCAAACAGGCUUUCCAGCACGCUCCCUGCAGGCCGCCUAUACACCGAUGGAUCAAGAGCAGCUUCCAGUUGUCAAUAAUCAAUGUCAACCAGGUACAUCGUCCAAAAAGUUCAAGGCUGUCCAUAGUGAUAUGUCUUUUCACGAAUCAACGGAAACAAGCAAUGAAGCUCGGCAAAUGAUAGAUGAAUACUUCAAUUCCGGAAGCGACGAUGAAAACGACUACGACCAUGACCCUGACAAUGUCGGUGAUGCUACGAUGUUGAACGAAUUCGCAUAUUUCAAUGAUGCUUUUAUUGGGGACAAAGAUGAGUUUACCAACGAACAUGCCGAUGAACGUGUUGCUCAUGAAGCCGGUUCAACUUCUGCAGUAAUGGAUCCAGGUUUCGAAGAAUUGAAAAAAGAAAACGUCGUAAAUCGUCCAAAAUCGUCAUACCGCAAAAGAAUGGAAAACAAGAUUCAAAAAGAAAAGGGUCUACAAUAUAAUCGUUACAAUGGUAUUACAGUUCCAGCACGUAGCUUAAAGAAGGCAUGCUCCUGUUCGAAGCUUCGUUGUGGAGAUCAAUACCCAGAAGAUAUACGACAGAAAAUUUUGAAGAACUUUUUGAUGCUUUCUAUUUCCGGACAAAACCAGUUUCUUAGUUCUCACAUGGCAGUAUCGCACGUGACUGGUCGCACAGUAAUUAAUUCACAAAGGGAGUACUCAGUGCGAUAUUUUCUUCCUGGAGUCGGCGGCAUGGUUCGAGUUUGCAAGGCAAUGAUUUUGGGAACCUUGGAUAUUACAUCCAAAAAAAUGCGAUGCAUCACUGUCAAAAAACUGGACGGUUUAGGGAUCAGCGCCGACGACAAGCGCGUAGAAAAUUGCAACAGAAAUCCAAUUGGCAUUGAAGCGAAACAAUACAUUGAAAGCCAUAUUCUGUCGUAUCCGGCUUACACUUCCCACUACAAUAGGAAGAAGUAAUCGAAAUUGUAUUUGUCGAGUGACUUGAAUGUGACAAAAAUGUACGCAAUGUACAAAUCCAAAUGUACUACCGAUGGUAUGCAUCCUGUUCACUAUAACAGUUUCCGUCUCAUAUUUAAAACAUUUAAUAUGAGCUUCCGCAAGCCGAAAGCAGAUACUUGCUGCGAAUGCGAUAAGAUUAACAUACUUAUUAAGCAGCAUGCUGGUACAGAUGAGCUAGGAACUCAUAGAGCCGCCCAACGUGCACAUCAAGAACAGGCACAACGUGUGUAUGCAGCGAAGAAAAAGGAUGUUCAGGAUGCUAAGAAAGAUCAAACUAUCUAUACCGCUUCAUUCGAUCUACAAAAAUGUCUGCCAACGCCUCAUCUCCAAUGUGGUCAGGCAUUUUACAGCCGGCAGCUCUAUACUCUAAAUAUGACUGUUUUUGAGCCGAAACUCUGCACGGUGUUACUUGUGGAAUGAGUCAAUCGCUCGCAGAGGGUAACAGGAAAUUGGCUCGUGCCUUUUACAGAACCUGCGGUUCCUACUAACCGAUGAAUCUUUCUUAAAAGUUCGAGUUAUCAAUUUAUAUUCUGACAGGUAAUUGUAAAUUUAUUCAUAAUAU